ACCUUUGAAAAGUUCAUUUUGAAGACAAAGCACAUGCAGAGACACACUGGUCUGUGUUACUUUGUACAGUCUAAAUACAGACUGGGAUUUCAAAAGAGAAAUGUUCAGAUUGCCACACCUUGAUUCCAUUUCACAUGGUGGCAAAAACUACAGUUGCACUGAGCAGUUCAGGGAUUCAGAUCAUGUGGAUUUUAGAGCUGGGUUGCAAUGACUGAUAUGCAUAACACUAAACUGCAAGUGAUUGAGAGCUUUAUCCCAUAAAAUGAAAAAUACUCUAUAUUUUAUAGACACCUGUUCUAAGAAGUCAGGAGAAGAUGGUUGGCUGUUGGUUUUUCACCUCUGGGCCAGUGUCUCUCAGUGCCAAAAUUGAGAGGAAGGGAUACUGUAAUGGGGAAGCCAUCCCAAUCUAUGCAGAAAUUGAGAACUGCUCUUCUCGUUUGAUUGUUCCAAAAGCUGCCAUUUUCCAAACACAAACUUACCUGGCCAGUGGGAAGACAAAAACCUUCCGUCAGAUGGUUGCCAAUGUCCGAGGAAACCACAUUGCCUCUGGGAGUACAGAUACCUGGAAUGGGAAAACUCUGAAAAUCCCACCUGUAUCCCCAUCUAUACUUGACUGCUGCAUUAUUAGAGUAGAAUAUUCAUUAGCUGUGUAUAUCCAUAUUCCUGGUGCUAAGAAAUUGAUGAUUGAAAUGCCUGUGGUGAUUGGCACUAUUCCAUGUAUUGGAUUUUCAAGCAGAAACUCCAGCAUUACCAGCCAGUUUAGUAUGGAUAUGAGUUGGCUGGCAUUGACCAUGCCUGAACAGCCUGAAGCACCACCAAAUUAUGCUGAUGUAGUGUCUGAGGAAGAGUUUUCCAGACAUGUUCCUGCUUAUCCACCUCCCAUUGACUGUGAGGAACAGUUGUGUUGUCCUGUCUUUGCUUACAUACAAGAGUUCCGGUUUCAGCCUCCACCUCUUUAUUCAGAGAUUGAUCCACAUCCAACUGAUGUAGAAGAAGUUCAGCCCGUUUCAUUCAUGCUCUGAGGAUUUGUAAUGAGCAUCAUUGUGAUGAAUGUCUUAAUGUUUCUGCUGCUUAAGCUGGUAGUGCAGCUAAAAAGGAAACAGUUUUCUUUUUCCAAACUUCAGUCUGUGUAUGAGAAAGGCAAAGGAAGAUGAAGAAGGAGGUAUGAGCACGUUUGGUGAUAAAAGAGAACCUGCUGGAUUAGUCUGCACAGAGGAUAACAGGGGAGCAGCUGAGCUUGGGAUACUUGAGAAUUACCUGAAAAUACUGAAAAGAAAAUGCAUCAAUGAAAUACUGAAUGUUUUCCAAAAAGUGGAUACACUACACAAAGUACGAGCAGGAGAUGUGUGGAUCUUCUGAAGAGAAAAGAAUUUCUACUUUGUUUGCAACACUCUGGAAGAAUGUACAUAGCAAUGUCAAGAGCUCCUGUAGUAGAACAGAAUGUCGGGUAAGAAAACAUUUCCAAAAGAUUCCAGCGGUCAAGGGGCUUCAGCUUGGCACUGUCUGCAUCCAGAGCAGGAACACUGCUGCAUCACAGAGCGAAGUCUUACCGUCACAUUGGCUGGGAAGCUGCCCUUCUCACGACUGCCAAGUGGUACUAUUUCCUCAUUAAUCAUGAUCCUGAGGACACCGUGGAUGACAGAAUGGCUAUUACACAAUACUGCAAAGGCAACCAUUUCCUGAGUGCAAGACACAAGUGUGGAACAAACAGUAAACUUUGAGAUGAGCUUAUGCACUAUGCUUUCUUUCAAGGGAUUUCUUAAGGGAAUUAUUCUAACCUCUUCUACUGUGAGUUCUUCUUCUGCAUCUUAAGCCUAUGGAUAGCAUGAUAAGGGGAAGCAUGGCAAGGGAGAAACCUUUUGCCAGCAGCAGGUAUAUUUAGCAAAAAGGACAAUAUUUAUUUAUUCAAAAGCCUUUAUAAGCCUACCUCUGUUUUGGAUAUUUACUUACGGUCAGAUUUGAGACCAAAAAAAGUCUUGUUACAGCUCCAGUAUACUUCAAGGUUCUAAAAGGGACCCUAAAUGGUUUCUGUGGUUAGUGAAUGAGAUAAGAGGUGUAAAUAUACCCAGAAUAGACAUAGCUUAUAACUGAAGUGAAAGCAGACAUCAGGGGAAUAAAGUCCUCUGGUAAUGGCACAAAGCUUUUCAUUACUCCUGCAUUUUUGUCUAAAGAUCUAUUGUCAGGGGCUGCACUGGUCAUUUGCUAUCCAUACUAUAUUUGUUGGUGUGUUUCAUUGUUUGUUUUUGCCGGUUAAUUUUGUUUUGGUGCAAUAUUUUAAUGUUUUCUUCCUCAGGUCAUUUAGAACAGUGAGAGUUUGUUGCUGCUAAGAGUGAAGGCACAGCAUUUACUUGCCCUUCUGCUGCCUUCAUUUAAAAGUAGAAUGUUUGCUUCCUGCCAGCCAUCAAUUGGGAACAGUAAACAAUCACCAACAGAGCACUUUCAGGAGCAGAAAACAGCAUUGUCAACAUGCACGUUUACAGUCCUGUCUGAAACACAGGGGAUUUUGGACUACUAGAAACACUCCAUAUGUCUUACAGAAGGUUUUGGGGUUAAAACCCGGUGCUUCAUGUGGUAAAACAGUGUACUUUCUGAUAAUUACAAAAAUAGCAAUUCAGUUUUCUUCAUUCCAUCAAUAACUGCAGUUUAAAUAAGGUCUGAGUGGUUUUUUAUGAAAUCUGUCUUCACUUAAACAGGGAUUUUUCUACAGACAUACACGGAUAUAUAUUUUUAGUCUUCUUUUAGUUUAACUUCCUUACAUUGUCUAAUUUCUAGCACUUCACCUCAAAUCCCUUUUGCAUCAGUGUGAAAGACAGACUGGUGGAGAUUGACAUUUCCAAACUGCAGUUACUCCUUUCAUUUGCAAUAUUUAGUAUUGUUUUCUAUAGCAAAUGCAGCUUUAACCAAAAUUUGAGUGCAUGGUUUAGGAAGGACAUGCUAAAAAUGAUUAUUUAAGUCUCAAGGUGUAGCUCUCAUGCCUUUUUCUUUAAGUGAGGGCCUGCCCAUACAAUCAAUGCAGGAUUUUCAUUCACAUUAUUUGGAAAGGGAACAAGCAUCUUUUCCUUAAACAGAUACCAUUAUAGUUACUUGAAAAGUAAUUUGGUUGUGUAAUAACUUGCAUGGUAAUAAUUCAAAAUAUUAGCUUAAAGAACAUUAGGUGCUUUUUGGACUGUAAUACCUGAUAGGUGAUGUGUGCUACUUGGCAUAAUCAUGGUCAAGCAAACGGCAGUAUGAAGGGUAAAGGUGUGCUUUUUUUUUUUUUCUGAAAUCUUUGAGUUGUUUUCUAUUCUUUGCAGAUAAACUGUGGCCUUAGAUUGUUUGCUGCAAAAAAAGUCAACUAUUAAGUGUUUCUUAGGAAGCACACAUGGCCCUUCAAAGGAGGGGUGAAAACAUGAUUAAGUUCUGCUCUCUGGCACUUGGCUUAGUGCAGAAAUUGAUCCUUAAAAAUAAUUACUGUUUGCACAAUAAUAAGUUCAAUAUGCAGGGGCUUUGUUUUGAUAACUGUGAAACAGUUUAAAAGAGACAAAAUAAAAAAAGCUGUUUAACAUACAGGAACAUGAUUGUAUUUUGUACUAAUGAAUGAGCCCCAUGGGUUCUUUGUUAA